UUAGGCACUUGGCCUUCUAGGCAUUCGGUCUAUGGAAAUUUUUCGAGUUCAGGAUCGGCGGGCUUAAAUUCUGCAUCCUGUAUGGAACCUACCUACCUACUUAACAAAUCGCUAGAAAGCCUAAUUGCUCAUUGAUUUUAUCCCAUGAAAACUUUGGCCAACAAGUUGUAAGUCCUGGUGAUAAAUAUCAACUUAGGAGCAGUUGUCGACAUCAACAACAAAAAUUCAACAAUGGGCCAGGCAGAUGUAGACAGUUCGUGUAUAGACUCCGUAUGCACGGACGAAGGCAUCUCCAGUGACCAUCUUACAACUCCACCAACGGAUCUCGAGGAAGAUGGCUUAACAUCAGAGCAGUUGGAACAAAUAUGGAGCUGGAAUACUCCAGUCCCCCCGACCCUAGAGUUCUGUAUGCAUGAACUGGUGGAAAAGCAAGCCAAACAAGAUCCCGACCGGCCCGCUGUUAACUCAUGGGAUGGAACAUUCACAUACCAAGAUGUCUGCUCGAAAUCGGACCAGUUAGCAGCUCAUCUACUAUCCGUAGGUGUCGGGCUAGGCUCGAUCGUGCCGUUAUGCUUCGAGAAAUCAAGAUGGACAGUUGUAGCUGUGCUUGCCGUCAUGAAAUCAGGCGCGACAUUCGCGCUGAUGGACCCGAGCCAGCCCGAAGGUAGACUACGCACCAUCGUCGAGCAAACCGGCGCCUCUACAAUCAUAACAUCGAAGCUGCAAGAGAGUCUCGGUCGUCGCAUUGCACCAAGCGCGACUCGCGUUGUCCUCUCUGCCGAACAAUUUGAUAGUUAUAACACAUCCGCAAGCUUGCCAUCCGUACCACCAAGCGCGAAUCUCUAUAUACAAUUUACGUCGGGCAGUACGGGCAAGCCGAAAGGAGUUAUAAUAACACACGAGAAUUAUUCCAGCGGCGCGAUACCACGAGCGGACAUAGUCGGGUAUCGCGCACAUUCGCGGGUCCUCGACUUUGCAUCGUACGCCUUUGACGUCUGCAUCGACUGCAUGCUAUGCACGUUAUCGGUGGGAGGUUGCCUAUGCAUCCCUUCAGAUGCCGAUCGAGUGAACGAUCUCAGCGGUGCUAUACGGAAGAUGAAUGUCAACAUGGCCCAUAUGACACCUUCCGUCGCCCGCGUCUUGGAUGCCGACGUCAUCCCUUCGCUCGAAGUUCUCGGAUUGGGAGGAGAGGCCAUAUCCGCGGGUGACGCAGCCACUUGGAGUCGAAAUACAAAAGUUAUCAAUGCGUACGGCCCUUCGGAGUGUACUGUAGGCUGUGCCGUGAAUGGGGAUGUGGGUGCCGAAAGCCACAAGGCGCAUGUUAGCAUCGGCAGAGGAGUUGGAGGAACGCUGUGGAUUGUCGAUCCUUCUAAUCACGACCGACUUAUGCCAAUAGGCGCAGUUGGCGAGCUUCUAGUUGAAGGUCCUAUAGUAGGGCCAGGCUACUUGAACGAUCCCGAAAGGACGGCUAUCUCGUUCAUUAGCGAUCCGAAAUGGCUUCUAGCUGGGAGCGCGCAGCACGCAGGGCGGAGGGGACGACUGUACAAGACCGGCGACUUAGUAAGAUACGAACCGGAUGGGACGAUCAUUUUCGUCGGCCGAGGUGACCAGCAGGUGAAAUUACGCGGCCAGCGGAUCGAACUAGCAGAGAUCGAGUACAAUAUGCUAGACAAACUACCCCCAGGGACCCGUGUUGCCGCCGAAGUUAUCAGACCUGGCGGACCUGCUGGCGAACCGACAUUAGUUGCCUUUAUCGCGGAGCGAGCAGGCCUCGUAUCCGAAUCCGAAUCUCUUUUAGGAUCAUUAUCGCCUCAAGUUAAAGAUUCGCUCGCGGGAAUGAAUAAGGCUAUAUCGGAACACUUACCAACCUACAUGGUUCCGGUGGCGUAUAUUCCUCUACAGGUUAUGCCUUUGCUAGUUUCUGCUAAAACAGAUCGCAAACGUCUUCGAGAGCUGGGGCAUGCGCUUAACAGGAAAGAUAUAGCCGGGUUCGCCGCUGCGACCGUCCCUAGAAAAGAACCUUCUACGGAGAUGGAAAAGAAACUGGCCCAGUCAUGGUCCCAAAUUCUCGGUCAAGAAGUUGAUAUUGGCGCUCAUGACAACUUCUUUAACUUAGGAGGCGACUCGCUUCGUGCGAUGAAAUUGGUGGCUCAAGCGCGAACGCAAGACAUCGCGCUCACGGUCGCUGAUAUAUUCGCCAACCCUGUGCUCUCAGACAUGGCCCUCGUUGCGAAAGUCGCAUCUGGAGAAACUACCAUCGAGGUUCCUCCUUUCUCGCUCCUCGGUAGCCAGUGGUCGGUAGACUCGGCUCGACGAGACUGCGCCGCCAUCUGCGACGUUGACCCCUCAAAGAUCGAAGACAUUUAUCCGUGCACGCCGCUUCAAGAAGGACUCAUGGCUCUGUCUGCUAAAGUCAGCGAGGCAUAUGUUGCGCAGCGCGUGGUCGAGCUUGCGGACGAGACGGCAGCCCGGAACCUCGCGAAGGCGUUUGAGGUAGCUUCUGCGGAUUGCGCAAUCCUCCGGACGAGGAUAGUCCAAAUCGCAGGCCACGGAUUGAUGCAAGUUGUCAUAAGAGACGAUUCCAACUGCAACUGGUUAUCCGGAGAGAGCCUCAAUGAUUAUCUAGUACGAGAUAGGAGCGAUCCGAUUCAACUUGGCAAGCCCUUGGUUAGAUAUGGCGUAGUGGUUAACGAGAAGUCUACGGGAAAGUCGCAUUUUGUCUUGACGAUGCACCACGCUCUCUACGAUGGGUGGUCGAUGCCUUUGGUAGUCGAACGAGUUAAUCGAGCAUAUGUCGGCCUCGAAACUAAACGACCAGCCGAGUUUAAGCACUUCAUCAAAUAUCUCACUAAUAUGGACCGCAAGGAAUCAGAGUCUUAUUGGCGAGAACGAUUAGACGGGGCCAACAACGAGCAAUUCCCCCCUCUCCCCUAUUCAAGCUACCAACAACAAGCCGACUCGCUUUUGGAACACUACGUACAUACCAGCAAGCCUAAUACCGGAAUAACUAUCGCCACGGUUAUCCGCGGUGCCUGGGCACUUCUGGUCUCGACCUAUACCUCAUCUAAUGAUGUAGUGUUUGGAGAGACGCUCACCGGGCGCAACGCUCCUAUCGCAGGCGUUGAACAGAUCGAAGGGCCUAUGAUCGCGACGGUACCGGUUAGAGUAGCCGUGAACCCCAACAUGACCGCGAGGGAGUACUUACAGGAAAUCCAUGACCAAUCCGUCCUAGGGAUCCCCCACGAGCACUUUGGCUUGCAACAUAUCAGACGCCUAAGUCCGGACGCUCGCGAGGCAUGCGAGCUGAGAACCGGGUUAGUCUUGCACCCAAGCGCAGACGCAGACGCAGCGAAUGCCAGCGAAAAGCAACCAGCGGACGGCUUUGUUCCUGCCGGCGACGAGGAGGCAGCGCAAGAAGCGUUGAAGUUCAACACGUACGCUCUGAUGCUGGUGUGUUCCUUGGACCCGCGGGGCUUCUUGAUCAUGGCAAGCUUCGACUCGAAAACCGUAACAAGCCCGCAGAUGGAGAGGAUGCUGCGCCAGCUUGAGAAGAUUACACAGCAGCUCAUCGAGAACCCGGAUGCUAGAUGUGAUCAACUUCAGCUGCUAUCCGAGGAAGAUGUGUCUGAGCUCGCUCGCCUAAGCCAGGUUGGUUCAAAAAGCCUGACUGUCGCCACUUUGCUCCCUGCUGGGUGUGAGGCAUCUGAAACAUGGGUCGUUGAUCCCGUCGAUCCAGAGCGGUUGCUUCCCGUGGGUGCUGUGGGAGAACUUGUAAUAAGGUGCUCGGGCGAACCAGGUCUGGAGCUGGUCUCGCCUCCCAAAUGGGCUGAUCAUGAUCGUGCCGGUCAGUUUUACAGAACUCAUAAGCUCGCGAAAUACGAUGCCAAUGGUGAAAUUACCUUCGUCGAGCGGAAGAGCUCUAACGGAGUAGUCUCUGGUGGCUCGCGGGAAAAGCGCGUCUCAGCCACCUCCGCGAAGCAGAAGGGUCUCCGAAGAGCUUGGAGCCAAAUAUUAGGCAUUGACGAGGAUGAAAUCAGCUUGAACGACAGCUUCUUCCAGCUUGGCGGCGAUUCCAUCGGGGCCAUGAAGCUCGUGUCGGAGCUCCGGGCUAAUGGGAUGGAAUUGACGGUGCCUGAGAUAUUCAAGCAUAGGACGUUGUACGAUAUGGCAAAAGUCAUAAGAGAGGAAAAGAAGGCGGCGGCGGCUGAGCCGGUCGAGCCGCCACCGUCUCCGUUUUCAUUGCUCGACGUCCCGGACGUAGAAAACUUCAUCUCUGAAACGGUCAGGCCACAGCUCCUCCCAGGCGAUCAUAAGAUCAAGGACAUCAUCCCGGCACGCCCGCUCCAACAAGUCGCGGUUAGAGGUACAACCCACCUCCCUCGGUUUUCCGCACGAUAUGAACUAUUCCAUUUCGACGGAUCCCUAGACAAGGAGCGCCUCUUCAAAAGCUGCCGGGACCUGGUGAACCGUAACGAGAUUCUGCGGACCGUUUUCGUAGAGAGCGGCGGGCAGUGUUUCGGCGUCGUCCUCGAAAAGCUCGACGUCGCAAUAGAACAGUACGAUAUCGAAGGCGACCUGGACUCCUUCGCCCAUAAGCUAUGCGACGUCGACGUCCAAACCAAGAUGCCCCUAGGCUCCGCCUUCGUAAAAUUCAUAUUUGUCCAAGGCGCCGCCGCCAAGAGCAGCUGUCUCGUCUUCCGCAUCUCCCACGCGCAGUACGACGAGGUCUGCCUCCCCGGUCUUAUACACCAGCUCGGGGACCUCUACGACGGCAGAACCCCCGUGGACUCGGUCCCCUUCUCCGCCUUCGUGUACCACGUCGUGAGCAAGUGCAUCCCGCGAAGCAUCCCUUACUGGCGGGACCUGCUGCACGGCAGCUCGCUCACGAUCCUCCGCCCGGACCUUCCGCUGACGUCUACGACCCCGGCCGCGAUCGCCCGGACGCUCGACAUCUCCGCGCGGUCUCGGGACAUCACGGUGGCGACGCUCCCGACCGCCGCGUGGGCGCUGUGCCUCGCGCGGCGCCUCGCGCGGCGGGACGUGGUGUUCGGCGAGGUCGUGAGCGGGCGGAACACGGACCUCGCGCGCGCGGACGCCGUCGCGGGCCCGACGUGGCAGUACGUCCCCGUGCGGGUGCGGUUCGAGGACGGGUGGACGGCGGCGGACCUGCUGCGGCACGUGCAGCACCAGCACGUCGCGAGCGCGCUGCACGAGUGCAUGGGCCUGGCGGAGAUCGUGCGCGAGUGCGGGCCGCUGCCGGGGUGGCCGGAAGCGGAGGGGGCGGAGUGGUUCGAUUCCGUGGUGCACCAGGACGUGGUGCACGUCGAGGAGCUGGGUUUCGGAUUUGGAUCGGGCGACGACAACGACGACAAGCAAAACGGAAGUAGGGGCGUGGGCGGGGCGACGUGCCGGUUCGAGACGGUGUAUCCGCACCUCGAGCCACUGCGCGAGUGGAAAGUGCAGGCAUUUGUGGACGGUGACCGGUUGACGCUGGAGCUGGUGACGUUCCAGGAUUGGAUAGGGGUUGCGGCGGAGUUGCUGGACGAGUUGGAGGAGAUUAUGGGGAUGUUGGUGAGGAGGCCGGAUGAGCGACUGUUCUAAUUGGGACUACAUAUCCAGGUUAGAACGUGAGCGAUAUAUAUAACCUCUUUUUGUAGGUGCCUAUCUGAUGUAUGUCUUGUAUUGAUAUAAAGCUGGCUGGUCGACGAAACCUCAUCUUCGGCGGUUUGUGUGCCUUGAGUCCUUGAGUGCUAUAGUUUAAAGAUUGGCACGAAUAACUCUUGUUUAGUGAAUUACCAUAGGUCGUAAAUAUAUCAAGACAUUUUCGGAACUGUAUGAC